AUGUGCUGGACAACUGUGAGGAAGCCUGGGUUGCGUGGACCAGUCUGGAAGACGCUGUACGGUGGGUCGCAGAAGGCAGGACGCAUCUACCUCAAGCGACAACUUUUCAGUAUCAAGAUGGCUGAAGGCGCGAACGUCAUGCAUCACUGCAACGUGGUCCUCAACAUCUUUGCCAAAGCUUAG